AAUAUAUAUAUAUAUUUUUUUUAAAUCUUAAAACUUUUUUUAAUAAACACGAGAUUUCAAGUUAAGAUGGCAUCAAAGGCAACAUUGCUCAUUUUGUUCGCUCUCUUUCUUUCAUAUACCUUGUUGGCGAGUAUUCCAAGUGUUGAAGCUCAGUUGAUAGUUCCAUGCAAGACAUCAGAGCAGUGCAAAUCAAUUCGAUGUUCGAACGGAAGCGCGCAAUGUGUGAACAAACAAUGCCAAUGUCCAAGCGUCAAACAGAUUUAUUCGAUGAAUGUUAAGACUGCUGUGUCAUGUAAGAUGGUCUCUGAUUGUUUUGCGUCUCCUCAAUGCCCGGACGGUUUACGUGCUUGCAUUGGAGGCAAAUGUAUUUGUUUGCCUUAGCAUGUUCAA